AUGAGAAAACAUCGCUUUCUGAGACACGGCAACACCUCAUCAGCGGCAGAAAAUAAUCCACCCAAAGAUGAUCAUUCAUCUUCUUCUCCUAAUACUAAUGCUCAUCAAGUAAAUUCUUCUGAACAUGGUAACGCCUCUCAUAGAUCCGAAAAGAGUAAUAACGAACAUUCCGUGAAAGAACAUACAAAUCAUCAUCGUAAUCAUGAAGCAGGAACCACAUUACUUUUUGAUGAGAAUUGGUUUAGCAAUUGGGAGAAACAUAAAUCACAAGCUGAAAAAUACCUCUCCGAAAUAUUACUUUAUCAAGACCCAAAUUUUCCGAAACAUUCGUCCAUAUCUCAAUUCUUUUUUGUUUUACUCAAUCACAAACAAAAAUUAGAAGAAAGCCAAAUCGUGAACUUUGUGAACACAAUAGUAUCCACUCAUUCUAAAGAACGUUACACACUUUUAAUUCCUAUGGUUUUCGCGUUUGAAUUGCAAUGGAACAGAAUCAAUGAGGAGGAUGAAGAACAAUAUACAUAUCUUGCCAAUAUCUUGACUCCCUUGUUGGAUAAAGAAAUUCUAUCGACCGAUAUUUUAAAACAACUAAUGAAUUUUUCUGCUUUAAAAAGAUGUGGAUUGGAUAUCAAGAAUAUGUACAUUAAAAGCAGGACGCGAGAGCUUUAUACCCAAGAUAGAUUUAACUUGCUUCACGAAGAAAACGAGGGUUUCUCUAAACUUAUUUCGAUAAUUAUCGACAAUGAAAAUAUGGAAAUUUCAAAAAUUGAACGCGUAACAAAAGAAAUUGUUGAGUUGAUUGGGUUUUUCAAUUUAGAACCAAAUCGAGUUCUUGACAUUUUACUGGAUGCAUAUGAAUAUAACACUGAGAACGAGUGCUAUUCAUCUAUUAUUUCAUGUCUGUUCAAUUCUCAACACUUAAGGCAUGCCGUCGGGUUUAAGUUACUUGGCUAUCACUCAAGCAAAUCUACUCCAAAAUCACUUUUUACAAUGAUUGUUCAACUUAUGCGAAAGAAAUUGCUUAAAUUUGAAGACAUUUUGGAUUAUCUAGGACCAAAUUCCUUUGACGAUUUGACUUUUAAGCACUUGGACUAUGAAGGAGAGAGAAAGAAAGAAUCGAGAGAAUAUUCUGCCGUUUCACUUGACGGAAGUAUCACGGAAAAGCCCGAGCCAAGAUUUGAAAGGUCAUAUCCAGAGUUUCAAAAGGAUCAAAAAUUCGGCUUUCUAAUAGAAUUGUUGAAUUUGGAUGUUAUUUCCGAGGCAAUAACAUUAUUGGACAUUUUAUCCAAGUUUGACCCUCAUUGGAACUAUGACAUUGCAAUUGCAUGUUGUACUUCGAUAGAAAAACUUAUUAACCCUAUUUAUAUCAAGCGAUCCAGAGCCAUGAAUGGCAUAUCAGCUAAUUUACCUGCUCUGACUCGAGAAGAAAUUCAAACACUGGAAGAUCUUGUCUUUCCAUUGAUUUAUCACACAAAAUACGAACUUUAUCGAGAUGUAAAAAUACUUUCAAAGAUAAUACGUGUAUUGAGGAUGUAUUUAGCAGCACCAACAACUCAGAUCAAUCACAAUACUUUGAUUGGUGUACUAACUUCUGUGCUUUCUUCACUCUGCUUUUUAGGCAUGAACACUGUUAUAGUUUCAGAAUUUUGGGAUGUAUUCAAAAAUGUUCCGUUUACGACUAGAUAUCAAGUAUAUGGGCUGCUGAGACAAGUUGGUUAUGAACGCCAGCCCAAGCUGAUGGCUCAACAGAAUUUGGUUUCCAAGAAUGUGAGACUGAUUUUCAACCGAAUCUCAUUUGCCAACAUCAAGACAAAAGCCAGAGAAAUUCUCCAAUAUUCUCUAACGAACCCAAUAGUAGUGUGUGACGAAUUCAUACGAAAAUGUGAAAACUAUGAUAACCUAAUACCGUUAUGCGUUGAUUCGGCACAGUACACCCCUGAACUUUUCCACGAUACUAUGAUCUAUUGCAUCUUGGAUCGAUUUCUAUCCAAUGAAAGAAGUGCUAUCAAGGAUGAUGGUAUCUCCAUUGCUACAUGGCUAUCCAAUUUGGCCACUUUGUGUGGUCUUUUCUUAAGAACGUAUCCCUUUACUGAUAUAACUCCAAUGUUGAACUAUUUAACACAACGUCUUAAGGAAGGGCAAUGGGAAUAUCUGAUUAUUCUUACAGAAAUUAUCAAGCAGACAUCAGGUUUAGAAUACUCUGAAGAAAUUUCUGAAACUCAAUUGGAUGCUUUAGCAGGCGGAAAGUUGAUAUUAACCUUAGCAGGAGGUUUUUCCCCGGUGGUAAAAGGUAGUGCUGUUGAAUCAGUCAUUAAGCUUAAGGAUACCCUUUUGAAAACAGGAAAGGGACUCUCUCUCUUACUCCUACUUUCCAAGCUCAGCAACUAUGGUAUAUUUCUUCAUGACGAUCUUCAGGAAUGGAAGCAUAUUGCUGACUCCAAAGACAUUUCUCAUACCACCUAUUUACUGCUCCUAAAGUUCUUGCUUAAUGAGGUGAAAUUUGUAUUUGAAGAAGAUGUUACAGGAAGUGAAAAUUACUGCAUCCUACCCCUGCCAAGCAUUGACACUUUACGGAACGGAUACAAACUGAGUCCAUCUUUUGUUUUCUCCAUGGCAAGAUUAACAAUGACCUCAAUACCUUCUAAUGAUAUCGAGCCCUUCCUUCCCAAGGAGAUUUGGUCACAUUUCUCUUCUGAAUUCUAUCAAUUUUUCUGGAUGAAAGAAUUAUCUGAUAUCUUUGUUCCAAGUAAUUUAUACAGAGAUGUAGCAGCAGAAAAUCCUCACUAUAGAAAUGCCCUUCAAAGAGAAAAGGACGAACAACAACAAAAGUAUGACUCUACUCUUAAGGUCAUGAAGGACUCGUGUCAACACUACUUUAUUGGAAAUGGAGAAUUUGUGGAUAUGGGAAUUUUACUGCAACACUGUUUUUUGCCACGUGCUUUGUUCUCAGCUGCUGAUUCUUUGUAUUGUGCCAAAUUGGUUCAUGCUUUGCACAGUAUUGAAGUUCCAAAAUUUUCUUUGAACUUAUUCCUUCAGACGUUGUUGAGUUUUGCACCUGGCAUCUUGUUGGCAUGUACAGAAUUUGAAGCAAGACGACUUGGCAGAUUUACUCAAUAUCUUCUCUCAUUGAGCAAUCGGUGGUGUGAGAAUGUUAGCGAAUUUAACAAGGACAUCAAAAACAAGCCUGGAUCGUUUGUCUCUGUUGAAGGGCUUCCACAACUUGCGUCAAUGAAUGAUAGCGAUGAAAGUCCCUUUAUCAACCUUGACCAUGACACCUAUCAGCGUUUCCAUUUCUUGCUCAUGGAAAACCUAUUGAAUAACUGUGUGACCUUACUACGAAGUGGGGACCAUAUCAAGAUUAGAAUAGCUCUACUGUUCUUAACUCCAUUAGCAAAAUUGAAUGUUUUCCCAUACUACAAGCGUCAUUGUGACUCUCUCAUUGAUAUUACUGACCUCUUUAAGGAUCACCGAGUUGAGAAUAUCAAGGUACUAGCGAAUACAUACACCCCUCUUGUAAGAAACAUUAGAAAGAAGAGUCAAGAUCCAACCUUUAUGAAUUCCUUACUGAGAAGCACUGUCAAACCAACGAAUAUCAACAUUCCAUCCAAGAAAGACCUCUCAAAUAUUACACCAGUGAUGAUGCAACAAACACCUAAUACUGCUGUCUCUGAAGAACCAGAACUGUCAUCCAUAACACCUCCCACCGUAGCCACAGAAGAUGCCAUGAUUGGUGAAUUUUCAGACUCCAGUAGUAAUACUGGAACUGUCUCUCCACCUACUCUAACAAUGACACCUGCUAUCGAAGAGAAACAUCUCCCUGAAGAGGAGACACAAGAAAAAAGAAUUGAAGCCAAAGAGGAAGAAGAAAUGCAAGAUGAGGAAACAAGUGAACCCGCAACAGCCAUAACUCCCUCAGAGAUGCAAGACGUUGUUGAACCUGUUGAUGAAACAAAGAUAGAGCCACUAGAAGAGAAACCUCCAAUGACCGAGACCACUGCUGCUACUUCAGCUGCAGAAACAAUUGAAGAAGUGAACACAACACUUGCUGAAACUGUAAAGACUGAAGUGACUCAAGUCAGCAGCGUCGAUGCUAACAAUGAAGUGAAAGCUUCAGAAGAAUUAACAGUUGUGACCUCAACAACUCCAAGCACCAUCGCAGAGUUUGUUCAAGCGACUGCUGAAAUCUCAGCUUCAAGUAAGGGAUCAACCAUUGCUGAGAGCCCAACUACUAUGAACAGCAAAUUGCAAAUUAAAUUGCAAAAUCUCAGUAAGAGUGCACCCUCAAGCAAACAAGAUAAGGUUGCAGAGUAUUCCAAAGAUGUAGUGAGUUUACUCAUCCUACCAAAGCAAAAUCCACUCAGGUUUUACAAUGAGUUGAAACAACGACUCACAAAGGAAAGUAGCGAUGAAAGCAAGACAAGCUCAAAAGGUGAAAACAAAGCUUCUUCCUCAAGUCAGGGCCGAGCGGACACACCUUCUUCGUCAUCCAGAGAUAGAGAAUCGCAAUCUUCCAGAAGAAUUGAUAGUGAGUCAAACAGAAAAUACUCGUCAUCGCCAUCAUCUCAACAUGAACGAAGACUCACUCCAACAUCCUCUAAGGAUGUCAAGAAGGAAGAGCAAACACAUGGCAAAGUAGAAAGCGCAGAAACCAGAAGAACAUAUGCUAGGACAUCUGACAGUGGAAGUAGGAGUGGUCAAUUAAGCCCAUACGACAGUCGUGACUCGUACAGAAGUGACAGUAGAGGUUACAGUGAUAGCUACAGCAGAGGUGAUAGUAGAUAUAGCGAAAGUAGCCGAUACAGUAGUAGCAGUGACAGACGAACUUCUUCUUCUGCAGCUCAAAGCAGUGCCAGUAGCGACAGUAGAAGGACAAGUGACAACAGAAGCGACCUCAAACGAUCUGGAAAUGCAUCAUCUUCUGACAAGAACGACCUUAAACGAUCAUCCAACGAAAGAGAAACCAAAACCGAGCACGAAACAGACUCCAAAAAGAAACGUUUCAACAGAUAA